AUGACCUUCGACUUACUUGAACUUAAGUCCUUCCUUAAUUCCUUGCGGAAGGCCAUUGAAACAUGUUCAGAAUACGAUAUAAUACCUCAUAUAGAUGAAGGUGAUCAUAAACCUUUGUCCAUUUGUAAUGAUGCAUUUGGGAUAUGUAAGUGUACAACAACUGUCGUCUUUGGUGAAUACGAAUCAAAUACAUCGGAACUUGUUUCUGACGAUUUGCUGAAUUAUCUUCUGCUAGUAUCUCCUAACACAACAACUUUCUGGAACUUCAAGCGUAAAGCUCUAUUAAACAGCGAAUUAUCAGUGGAUCCAGAACUAAGGUUCACUCAAUUGAUUCUAAACAAGUAUCCUCGUUCAUACGAGACUAUAUUUCACCGUCAAUGGAUUAUUCACCGUUACAAUUAUCUAAAUGAUCACAAAUUUCUAUUAUCUGAAUUGGAGUUAUGUAAUAAAUUUGCGGACAAAUAUCGUUGUAAUUAUGGUUUAUGGCAAUACCGUCGGUUUUUACUAUUACAUCAACAAAAUCCUGAGACAUAUAAGAUAGAAUUGAAUAAUUUAAAUGUUUGGUUAGCAAAACACCCAACUGAUAUAAGUGGUUGGAGUUAUUUAGAAUGUGUCCUUGAUGUAUUAGUGAGUCAAUCUAUGGUUGUCGCAUUAUCUCCAAUGUUAGAUGAUCAAAAAUUGCUAUUAGAAAACUCAACAAGGAUUAUUCAAAGUUAUUUUGAAAAAGUACAUGACAUUCUAGAACUUUAUCCUGAACGAGAAUGUGUAUGGAUGUUUAGAAGACGGUUGAUUACAUUCUGGAUCCAACUAAAUCGUUAUCAAUCUUCAUACAAUUCCAAUGAAAGCAUCAUGAAAUUACUUAAUCAAGUGGAACCUUUACUUCCUAAAACAUUAAAUAUUAUUACACAAUUAAAAUCAUCUAAAAUAUAUUUUACAGGAUUUUCUUUUAAUGAAUUCUUAAAUUGGUCAUAUAGAAAUAAUCUAUGCAAAGAACCAUCAACAUUCAAGUGGACUGAUCUACUUUCUUGGCGAUAUUUAUUUUGGUUAUCCGAAUAUUUAUCGAGUUUACUUAAAAAAUUAG